AUGCACGAAUUUGGCUGCAAUGUGCAAAUCGGUGCAUUGUCGAUGUGGGGGCUGAUCGACAGCUUCUACGAGCUGGACAUGUUUUUGGAUCUCCCUGCAGUGAAGGGAUUGAAGCGUCAGCAGCAGAAACUCCUGGGGCAACAUUUGUCCGCGGGAGACAAAGAUGUCUUCUUGGACACAUGUUGGACACUCUUCAAAGAGAACGACCCCAAUUUUGACAUAGAGGCGCUAGAUGGCGAUGUUCAGAAGAAGAUGGGAGAGGACUUUGAUUUCUACACAUUGGUGGCUGAGAUGUUUCGCAACAAGCCGCCGGUGUCCCGCACAGUUCUGCUCCACUCCAGCUGCGACACCAUCAAAGGCAACUUGAUUUCCAUUUUCGCAGAAAACCUUUAUGUCGACGGCUUGAUCAAGGACUGCCGCAAGGCCAAUGGUGGCAAGGAGCUAUCAGUUCUGACGGAGUUGCAGAAAAGGCAUCCCAUGACAUUUCGCUUCGAGCGGGACCUGAAGAAGAUUGACGUCACACGUUUGCAUCGUUCCAUGGGCUUCAGUGAAGCUGUGCAAAACGAGCUUCUUGUCCCUGGCGGAGAAUUCCUGGUUGACCAAAGCCCACCAGAGGUUGACAUUGGAGAUGAAGCUCUGCGUGUCAUCCACGCACAUCCUCACGAGGGAAUGUUUGAAGUCCGCGGAGCUAAGGCUCAUCUCAGAAUCUUUCUUGGGUAUUCUCGGAUACGGACGGGGUACUUGGAAUAUGCGAAGCAAAAUGUGCAGUUUGCAAUGAAGAAGGGAAGCGAGCUGCUAGCUCGCGCAGCUCCAAGGAUUGACCUUUCUAUUGCUGGCAAUGAGGUGCUAAAGCUUUUGGGAAAGGGCCGUGCUCCGAGAUCAAGAAUGGAGCUUGGAGUAAUGGGCGCAAUGUGUCUGCUCCCCUCGUUCAGGUUGGACUUCGACGGAAUGGAGAACUACUCCGACGCAGAAGACUUUGAGUUCGACGUGGUCGAUCUGCACGCGGACAACUAUGUGGCCGAGUCCUCCUACGAGGCCUUUGGCAUGGCUGUGAUCAUGGAUGUGCCCUCUGGCAAGAGCCGUUGGGAGGGAGAACCAGACAGUCUUGACAGAGUUUUGCGAGUACGUGCAUGGUUCACCGAGUCCAUGGAGGGUGUGAAUGCUGCCAACUUUGAUUCUACUGUGUUCUUGUCGAAGCCCAGCCAAGAUUUCUUUCAAGAACAGAUGGAGAAGGAGUUUCAGCAUGAGCAGCACCUUUUGCGGCGUGAACUCAGGCAGAACACAGUCUUGUUUGAGCAGAUGACUGAGCGCAUGCUAAUCCGCGGAGCUCUUUCCAAGCCGGAAGAAGAUGAACUUGCAUCUGCUUUUCCAAGCCGACGAGAUACCCUUCUAGAUUUGGCAUCGGAGCUUCAACUUCAGCAGAAUUGGUCAUCCAUUGCGGGUGAUGCUUUGCAAGAUGCCCUCUAUGAGAGUUUGGUCAACUCGGCAGAUUUUUCCAGCGAUGAAACAAAGGGCCCAAUUGUGCUGAGCCGUAUUUUGGAUAUGGUGCGGAUGUUGGAGACACACGUGGCAAAGAUGCAAGGCAAGAGCUUGAUUUUCUUGGUUGGAGACACCGGGAGUGGCAAGAGCACGACUGCCAGCUACCUUAUGAAAAUCAAGCUUGAAGAAGAGAGAGGGCCCAUGGGCCGCGCAUGGAACCACAAGGACCUUUCCGGCCCGGCAAUCAGCCCUUCGUGGUCAGCAUCGCAGACCUUGUAUGCCGAAUCUUUCGUAGCCGGCGAUUUGGGAAGCAGCUUCGCUAUUGUGGAUACUCCAGGCUUUGAAGACACCCGAGGGGAUGCCUAUAGGCUGGUGACUGGUCUCAGUCUGGAUCGGGCAGUGGCAGUGGCAUCAUGCAUUCCAUCGCUGGUUCUGACUGUACCAUAUGCACUGAUCAGUGAGAAGCGGGGCCAAGCCAUGUUGGAGUUAUUGGCAAAAGUGCGUGGCAGGUUUCCGAACAUUCUGAAUCCGGAGCAAUUCGACGUAGGUCACGUUGACCAAGGCUUGCACAUCAUUGUGACCAAGGCCAACCGUCCCCAUGCGGAGCAGGUCCGUGCGAUUGAGACUGGAGCUUUCGCCAGGGAGGCGCUCAAGCACUGUUCGGAAAAUUUGAAGCGCUUCGAGUCUUCGCCGCUGGACGCUCGGGUUCUGAAGGAACAUUCCAGGAUGUGGCAAACUCUGCAUCUUCUCGCAGGCCGAAAGCGUAUCCAUGUGCUGGAUCUGGGGAACCGGAAGCAGCGGAAGGACUUGUUGCAGAGCUUUAUGCGGAGCAGACAUGGUCUAUGCACGAAACCAGAUUAUGGGACGACGUUUCAUGACCCCAAGUCUCAAAAGGUGUUGGAAGUGUUUGUUUCCGUUGCGGCCCAUACAUGGCGAGGAUUUUUCGGCAAGCUUCGGCAGAAAUACCCAGACUGGAUACGGCGGACAGAGAAACGUCUGGCUGAAGUCCAGCACGAGAGUGAAGAGCUGAUGAAGCAGCGAGACGAGCAGAGGAGGAAUCUAGCUGACACCCUUUCGAAGUGGCGGCAACUAAAGAAGGACUUAGGCACCGAUGGAGGCGCGCCGGAAGACUUGCUCCAUUUGUUGGAAGAGCAGGCCGCGCAGGAUGUGGCAGAGGCAAAUUCCUCGGCCUCGGCAUGCGAUCGUCGGCUGCGAGGCGCGCGUGAUCGCUUGGCAGAUGCAAAAGAGGACGCAAACUCGGUCCAGAUAAACAUUUCUGCGCUGCAGGCGCAAAUUAAGAGGUUGAAAAGUGGAAGCACAGAUGUGGAUGUUUACAGCCACCAGUAUGCUGGGACCAUGGCUGUGGUGGGUGAUUGCGGGGGUGAGACAAUGGAACUGGCACUGGAAGCAGUGAGAGAGUGGAAUUUUUCCAACUGCAAAAGCCGCCAAGAAUUCGAUGUCAGCACUUAUAAAGGCACUCUGUGGCACUAUGCUUACAUUCCUAGGGGGUACCGGCUCAUUCCUGCGGUCGAGGAACAGAGGAAGCGAUUUCAGGUUCUGCUUUCAGAGGAGGAAACCUUCGGAAGUACAGUUGCCAAGGUUAGUGGCAGCAAGUACAUGCUGCAAGCUCGCAAAGCCUCCCCUGAUGGCAGAACCAUUGUGUCCAUCUUCGAGUUCCAUUUUGAUGCUUCACAGCCAUAUCCAAGUGUUCAGGUAGUGCAUCGGAUCCCGAACAUCGACUUCAAUGAAGCCAGGCUGCGCAACGCAGAUGCCGAACUGACGGACUUGCUGUCUCGCAAGGCCGGGGCCGAUGCGACCAAGUCCAGUGCCCAAGAAGAGGUGGAGAGCUUGGAAACAAAGUGUGCAGGAGAAAGGAGCAAGGUUGACGAGAUUAUUUUGGCGGGCAAGCUGAAGGAAGUUGACCAAAGAAUUGAAUUUUCAGAGAGGCAGCUGACGCUGUUUGCAGAGAGCGACGGCGCAUUUCAAGCCGACAGGGCUCGGCUUCUAAACGAGACUUCGGCAUUGACAAGGGAACUUUCCGAGCUUCGGCGAAAGCAUGCACAACUCGCUUUCACCAUCAAGGGCUUCUACCACAAGGUCGUGCCUGCCCUGGUGCAGAUGUCAGAGUUUGUGCGGAACAUCUUGACUUCCGGCGCCGUCAACCGCGAUGUCUUCCAAGAGCUCGAUUCUUUCCUGAAGGUGCACGCAGAAGCGAACCCAAGCGGGAUGAAAGAGCCAGGCAUCUUAGUGAUGGCUGGAGACGUGCUUGCCCAGUACCGCAACAUCUCCUCUGGAAACAGUGUGCGGAUCGAUUGCAUUGGCUUUGUUGCUUCUGCGGCAGUGUUUGACACAGGUCACGCUUGCGUCUUGUCGAGAUCGAUUGAACAAAGCUUCAAGCUUUUAUGCUCACGACGCCACGCCUUGGCCUCAUGGCAAGCGACAGAUGUCAUGGCGCUGUCGCGUGAUGCCGAGUUGCUGGCAGGCCUCGCCAAGGAGCUGGAGUUGAACGGCGGGGGCGCUCCCGCCGGUGAGCUGCUGCUGCACAACCGGCAGCUGCGGAAAUGGCUAGGCGAUCGCAAACUUCUGAAGUUCAUCGCGGAGCACCCCAAGGUUUUCCGCGUCGAGAGCACUGGCCAUCAGCACACCAUCUUCCUGCAGCCGGACGCCCCAGCGCACGCUCCCACUCCGGCCUGCGACGGACCGUCUGCUCGAAAAGGCUCUCCUGAUUCCCCAGGGCGCUGGCAGUGCAGCUCCUGCACGAGCUGCUUCUCAACCAGGAACCAGCUUUUCGCGCACCUGGCCGCUGACCACGGCCUUGUGCGUGCGAGCCGCCACGAGGUGCCCAAGGCUGCGGAAGACCGCAGAUUUGCCGCAACGGAGGCCAAGGAGCUGCAACGCGAGCUGGUGGCCGGGUUGCGCUACGUCAUGGCAUCUCGUGGCAACGGGAAAGAGCCGGUUCGAUUGGACUGGGUUGCUACGGUGCCCCGGGCGCGCGGGGCGCUGACCCGCUGGCUGCGCGCAGAGGUUGCUGGAGGCGCGGCGCUGCCCAGCCACGCGGCGAGGUCAGAGGAGUGGUGGAAGGUGGCCAUUCCUCAGCUGAUGCGGUUUCUGCAGGAGCGCCCGGAUAUCUUCGUAGUUGGGCAACUCGGUGGCGAGGAGGCCAUCCCCGGGGAGUGCAGACUGCGCCGGACGCGCAUCGCGCUCACCGGCGCGGCGUGGGAUGAUGCAGAGCGGCUGGAGCGUGAGAGCCAGGAGGCGCUCAUCUCCCGCGUGGCCGUGGUGCUGAGGUCGCUACAGGCAGAUCCGCAAAAGAAGCGCUUCCGCUCGCAGCUGCUCUGCGAUGUGGCGCAGGAUGCAGGUGUCCAGCGCCUACUUAACGGCCGCCUGCUCGCGAGGGUCUUGGCCACAGACCCCAGGUUCGAGCUAGACGAGGACGCCAAGCACGGCACGACCGUGCGGCUGCUGGACGCCCGUUCGCCGCUAGAGCGAGGCAGUGGCGCCCCAAGCGGCACGGGAAAGGAUCCGACCGAGCCAGUGGUGGUACUGGCCCGCCAGGAGGGGUUCGCGGCAAUCCUCGAUAAGCCGGCAGGGGUGUCGACGGAGGAGCUUAUUGAGGCGUUCCAGGCGGAGGAGACUCCAGGUGACACCUGCGGCUAUCGUAUCCAGUCCAUCUCUCGCCUGGAUUUGCCUACCUCUGGCGCCCUCGUGGUGCCCCUGUGCCAGGAGGCGGAAGAGCACCUGAAGCACCGUUUCGCCACGAGAGAUGUGGCCAAGGCUUACUUAGCCCUGGCGGUCGGCGAUGUCACCCCUGAGCAAGGGAUCAUUGACGCCAAGCUCCGCAGCGUUCAGUCUGCAGAUCGGUACCGUGCGGUGGUCCACCCGUACGGCAAGCCAGCUGCUACCGUGUACAGGAAGCUGACAUGCCUUGCUGGGGACACCCGCCACAGCUGCUACUCCCUGGUGCUGGCCUGGCCCUUGACGGGCCGAAUGCACCAGAUCAGGGCACACUUCGCCCACCGAGGCUUCCCACUCGCCGGGGACGUGCGCUACGCCCCGAAGAAGGAUGCCUCUGCGUGGUGUGGCCGGCGCCUGUUCCUGCAUGCGGCGCAUCUUCAACUCUCCGAAGACUUCCAGGCCCUGUCGCUGCUGAAGGAGGACCUCCUGGGACCCUUGAGGGAGUUGAAAGUUUCAGAAGACCAGCUGAAGGAGUUGGAAGACCCGCACUUCUACCAAAGACGUGGAAACUGCGAGAUGGAACCGGACAAUGUGGCUGGAGAGGAGCCUGGUACCUCGGACACCGACUCUGAAGACACGGACGUGGAGGCAUUGCUGGAAAAGGGCAGCACGGCGGAUUGGGACCCUGCCGCCGCCACGCCGGUCCUGGCGCCACCACCCCGGUGUCCACAGCCGGAGACGCCACAAGAGGCCGUAGAGGAGAUGAUACCAAUGAACUUGUAA